GAAAAAUAUCAAGAAACUGCGUGAUUAAGUAACAGAAUAAUCUGAAAUUCAACUCUGAUUUUGACCAUACGUCUGGCAAGGUAACUACCCGAUAUGAACAUGAAAUUGACAAGGCGCUGUAACCCACAUUUUGCUUUCAUUGUUGCGACCAUCUUUUCAUUGUGCUUGCAAAUCAGAGCGAACUACACUGACCAUCCCUGGGUUACAAAUGAGAGCUAUUUGAGUACCAUUACCCAAAACAUAAGUGAAAACCAGAGUACCACUGAAGCCAGUACAAAUCUUAUUACGCAAGACGCAGAUCACAAUGACAUUUCAACGACUACUUUUGAAAUGCAGACAGCCGCCUUUCAAUCAUCAACAUUUGGUCAGGAACCUUCAACAUCUUCCCCUGGCUUUAACCUUACUUCUGCAGUUCAAGACCCUUUGACCACCACCAGGACCCACAUUACAACAAAAACUGAAAAUUGUGAAGGAAAGAAAUCUCUGUUACUAAUUUGUUUCAUUGUAAUAGCAGUGCUUGUUGUUCUUUGCACAUUUCUAUUUCUGUCAACUGUGGUAAUGGCAAAUAAGAUAUCAUAUCUCAAAAGAUCUAAACAAGGCAAGCGCAUGCCCAGGAGUAAUGGGGAUUUUCUGGUUACUAGCAGUUUAUGGCCAACUGGAUCAGAUACAUGGCAGAAGAAGUCUAAAGAGCUAACAGGGACUGACUUGAUGAUGCAAGACCUGAUAUCAGAGACAGCUAUCACAGUUCCAAAGAAAAAUGCAGUUGAAACAACUGAGAAACUCACUAGUGGAAGAGCUAAUCAUCAGAAAAAAGAAGAAGCAUCAAAACCAUGUGACAGCAUCAUAACCAAUUUUGUAGUUGAGAUUUAAGUAAAGCUCAGAUUCCUAACAGAGACAACAUUGCAGCCUUGAAGUAACAUUAUAGUGCCACAGGAGAACCAGGUUCCCAUCCUGGAUUUGGUUUUC